CAUUGGUGGCUGCUACUUCCUGCCUUUGAGAAUUUCCCAUAACUUUGGGAACUUCUCCCGUUUGUCUUUCAGUUUCGCAAUCCUUUGAUCUCCCAUUCUUCUACUGGCUUGCUGCCUCGUGACUCGGGAGCACUGGCCUUUGUGGCAUCCGACGACGUUUCCAGGAACGAGGUAGCCUCACUUGCUUCUGAUUCUUUUCGACCGUGGUCCGCGCAACCUUCUGUCGCGAAAAUGAGUGCUUCGAUGCGCGACUUGAUCGACGGCGAGGCCGAGCUCAAUGAGGAGGAGGAUGAUGAGUCAUUUGAUGAGGAGACUGGCGAGUCCCGCGCCAGAGACAAAAAUGCCAUGCUAGAUGACUCUAGUGAGGAGGACGAGGAUGACGACGAUGAAGAGGAAGCCCGAAGGAUUCGGGAAGGUUUCAUUGUCGAUGAGGAUGAAGAGGAGGAAGAGGCUGAAGACUCGGACGAACGCGAGCGUCGCCGGAAAAAGAAGCGUCGCCGUGAGCGCGAGGAGGAAGAGCAACUUGACGAGGAGGAUUUAGACCUCAUCGGUGAAGCCAUACCUGAAUGGGAGCGAAAAUCCCAGGCGCAGACCAAGUUCAAGCGUCUCAAGCGCGGACAUCGAGACGAAGAUCGCGGCAAUGAACGACGCGGUCUCGCAGAUAUUUUCUCCGACGAUGAUGAAGAUGUAGCCGACGAGCGCCCUUACGGCCGGCCGAGUCACCGCGCGCAGGCAGAUGAGUUCGACGACUUCAUCGAGGACGACUAUCCAGAAGAUGAUGAAGAGCGUAUCAGGCGCCAAGAUGACAUUGAAGUUGCUCGGCCUAGGGACAAGGGUCUUGCCCCUGGGGUAACUGGGCUGGACGAGGACGCGCUCGAAGAUAUGGAGGCUAUCUUUGGCAACGGAGAAGACUACUAUUGGGCUCUGAAUAUGGAACAAGAAGAGAGCGAUCGUGAGCGUGAGGAACAGAUGAUCGAGCUCAAGGAUGUCUUCGAACCAUCACAGCUCCAAGAAAAGCUUCUUACGGACGAGGACAACGAGAUCCGCAUCAUUGACGAACCGGAGCGGUUCCAGCUCGACCGCAAGCCCUUCAAAGAACAGCAAACGUCGGCCGAGUACUUUAAAGAGGAAGCCCGUUGGAUCACGAACCUCAUGUGGCCUCAGAAGCAAUUACCUAGCGAUCUACACGGCCCGUUCAACAAAGCCAUUGGCAAAGUCCUCGAAUUCUUUGUUAUUGACGGAGUCGAGGUCCCGUACGUCUUCCAGCACCGGAGAGAUUACCUCAUCCACGCCAAGAAGAUACGGAAUCAGGAUAGCCACGACCACCCCGAUGGCCCCGAGUACACCAUUGACGCUGAAAAGCUGCUUACACAGGAUGAUUUGUGGCGCAUCCUGGAACUGGACAUCAAGUUCCGGUCCCUGGUCGAGAAGCGAACGGCGCUCGAGAGGUCGUAUGAUAAGCUGAAGGAGGCCGGUGUACAGGACGAUAUUCUCGACGAAAUGACGCAUCAGGCGGCGACAUUGGAGGAGUUGCAAGACCUACAGGACUACUUGAACUUCCAAUACUCGGCCCAGCUCAAGGACAUUGCUGCGGCGACUGAUGGUGCCUCCAAGGAGAUUAAACGGCCUGGCGCCAAGACGGCUCUCUUUGAGCGAAUCCGAAGGUCAAAUGCCUACAAGUUUGUUAAGGCCCUGGGUAUCUCUCCGGACCGCCUCGCCCAAAACGCCCUUCGAGAAGGCAAGAAGGUGUCUUCAGAAGAUGAAGCCAAACUGCCCGUCGACCUUGCCGAUUCUCUAGUUGACGGUGAAUUCCCUACCGCGGAGCAAGUGAUCAAUGCUGCUCGUCAGAUGUAUUCCGACGAACUCUUCUUUAGCCCGCGCAUGCGCAAGCACUUCCGCAUUCAGUACUACCAGAUGGGCUCCGUGAGCUGUCGCCGGACGGAGAAGGGUCUCCGGAAGAUCGAUGAGGCGCACCCCUACUACGAAAUCAAGUACCUAAUCAACCAUACCAUUCGAGAUCUGGCUGUCCGGCCCGAAAUUUUCCUCAAGAUGAUGAAGGCUGAAGAAGAAGGCCUUGUCGAGGUCCGCCUCACCUUGGAAAACGAGCGCGAGUUCCGGCGACAACUCUACAGCGAAUUUGCCUCGGACAACUUUAGCGAUCUCGCCGACUCGUGGAAUGCGGAGCGCCAGAAGGUGCUGGACAUGGCAUUUGGCAAGCUUGAAAAAGUGGUUGCCAAAGGCGUAAAGGACUCGCUUCGGACAGCUUGUCAGGAUGAGCUGCUCAAGACGUGCCGCGAAGAGUAUUUCAACCGGCUCGACCAGGCACCUCUCAAGCCCAAGGGCAUGGUGCUUGGUACGACACCGCGCGUGCUCACUCUUUCCAACGGUAUGGGUGAUCCGAAUCGUGAUCCCGUGUGCUGGACUUGGGUGGAGGAAGAUGGCAGGGUCCUAGAGCAUGGGAAAUUCGUCAACCUUGCGCGGGACGAAAGCCAGCGAGAUGCUUUUGCCGACUUGGUCCGCCGGAGAAAUCCGGAUGUUGUGGGCAUAUCAGGUUUUUCAGCGGACACGCACCGAUUGGUGAAGGACGUUGAGGCUCUGAUCAGCGAGAAGGGCCUCAUGGGCCCAGAAUACGAAGAUCCCGAGAUGAACGAGUACCGCAGCGAUCUACUCGAGGUGGUAAUAGUGAACGACGAGGUGGCACGCCUGUACAAGGACAGCCCGCGCGCGAUCGCCGAGCACCCGACCUUGAACCCACUCACUCGGUACUGUAUCGCGUUGGCCAGGUACAUGCAGAAUCCUUUGAAGGAGUAUGCGGCCCUAGGAAAAGACGUGACAUCACUCCUGAUACACCCAUACCAGCAGUAUCUCCCCCAAGACAAGUUGUACAAGCAUAUGGAGACGGCCAUGGUGGACAUUGUCAACCUUUGUGGCGUGGAUAUCAACGAAGCGAUGGGAGACAGCUACACUGCCAAUCUCCUGCCUUACGUCGCCGGUCUUGGCCCACGCAAGGCUCAGCUGCUCAUCAAGGGCAUCAACGCGAACGGUGGGGUUGUCAAUUCGCGUGAUGAGCUGGUCGGUGAUCCGGAACGGCAUAAGAUUCCCGUGCUAGGUCCCCGGGUGUGGAACAACUGCGCCAGCUUCCUCUACAUUGAGUACGACGCUACCAAUCCCGACUCGGACCCCCUGGACAACACGCGCAUUCACCCCGAAGACUACGACUUGGCACGCAAGGUGGCAGCGGAUGCGCUUGGCUUGGACGAAGAGGACGUCAAGGCCGAGACAGACGAGAACGGCCCCGGGGCGAUCGUGCGCAAACUAUUCAGGGAGGAGGAGCAGGACAAGGUCAAUGAACUGAUCCUGGAGGAGUAUGCGGAGCAACUGCUGCGAGAAUAUCAGCAACGCAAGCGAGCCACCUUGGAGGCGAUCCGAGCCGAACUAAUGGGCCCUUUCGAAGAGCUCAGGAAAAACUUCAAGGUGCUGAAAACGGACCAGAUCUUUACCAUGUUCACGGGGGAAACGAGGGAGUCUUUCUGCGAGGGCAUGAUCGUCCCGGCGAACGUCCGCGUCGUCAAGGAUGACUUUGCCAUUGUCAAACUGGAUUGCGGAAUUGAGGGCAGGAUCGAGGCACACGAGGUGUCUUACCGGCACUCGAUCAAGGACAUGCUCCAAGUUGGGCAGACGGUCCAAGCAAAAGUGGUGGAAGUCAACCGCAAAGACUUUGUCUGCAAGCUUUCCAUGAGGGAAGAAGAGCUGCGGAGGCCAUACCGGAGGCAUUUUGACUACGGGCGCGGGCAAUGGGACUUUAAGCUUGAGGAUGAAGACCGGGAGGAGCUGCGGGAGAAGGACAAGGUCACGGGCCGCACGCAGAGGGUCAUCAAGCACCCGCUGUUUAAGCCGUUCAACGGCAUCCAGGCCGAAGAGUACCUGGGUGGGCUACCACCGGGCGAAGUGGUCAUCCGGCCAUCGUCCAAGGGCAAUGACCACUUGACGGUGACGUGGAAGGUUGCCGACGGCGUCUAUCAGCACAUUGAUGUGCUCGAAUUGCAGAAGGAAAACGAGUUUUCGGUUGGCAAGGUGCUCCGCGUCGGCAGCAAGUACUCGUACUCGGACCUGGACGAGCUUAUUGUGGACCACGUCAAGGCCAUGGCCAAGAAGGUGGAGGAGCUCAUGCAGCAUGAGAAGUUCCAGAAGGGGUCGCGCAGUGAUCUUGAGAAAUGGUUGACGACGUAUAUCGAUGCCAAUCCGAACCGGUCCACAUACGCCUUCUGCCUAGACACCAAGCACCCCGGGUACUUCUUCCUCUGCUUCAAGGCAUCACGCAACUCCAAGGUCAACGCAUGGAUGGUGCGUGUGAUUCCGCACGCCUACGAGCUUCUCAAGAGCCAGUAUCCGGACAUGCGCGCGCUCUGCAAUGGCUUCAAGUUGCGGUACCAGAGCGAGAUGCUCAAGAUGCAGUCAGGCGGCGGGAUGAGGCACUAAUAAGAACGGUUGGCCCAAUACGAGGGCACCUUAUGUUUUGUACUGUACAUAAUCUAUCUGGGAUGAAUUACUUGGCGCGUUGGGAGGGUCUCAACAGUAUGAUUCGAGGGUUCCGCGAAGGGAGAUCUGGGUAUGCCGCGCAAACUAAAUUAAAGACAUAACUCAAGCCACUUACAUACUUCUUCUGUGGUGCAAUGAGAGAUUGCUGCUGGAACCCAAGUCAGAAAUGCGAGGUGAUGCGCACUGGAUACGGAUAGGGAGGAACCAUUUGCGAUGCUGCCUGGACAACUGAAAUCAGGGGACCUGUGUAUGUACGGAGUAUAACGACAUUAUUGAACACAUUGAUAGUAAAAUGUAA